AUGAUGAACACCCUACGCUGUCUGCGGCCCAUUGCCUCGCGUGUCCAGCCGGGCACAUUGCCUAGAGUAGCCCGCCCAUUUUCAGCCUCAGCUGCGAGGUCAUAUGAGUUUAUCCAGACAUCAGAGCCCAAGCCGGGCGUCGGUCAAGUGACCCUGAACCGGCCCAAGGCGCUCAACGCCUUGUGCACCCCUCUGAUCACAGAGCUCAACCAGGCAUUGAGCGAGUACAAUGCUUCCGACAGUAUCUCUGUCAUCGUCCUGACGGGCUCUCAGAAGGCGUUCGCCGCCGGAGCCGACAUCAAGGAGAUGCAGCCUCUCACCUUUGCCGGCGCUUACACCAACUCGUUUAUCGAGUCGUGGUCUGAGCUCACAACAAAGGUCAAGAAGCCCAUCAUUGCUGCAGUGUCCGGUCACGCACUGGGUGGCGGGUGUGAGCUUGCCAUGAUGUGUGAUAUACUGUACUGCACAGAGACGGCCAACUUUGGCCAACCCGAGAUCAAGCUGGGCACCCUUCCUGGGGCUGGUGGCAGCCAGAGGCUUACUAGGGCUAUCGGCAAGUCGAAGGCCAUGGAGCUCAUCCUCACGGGAAAGAACUUCUCUGGAACCGACGCUGAGAAAUGGGGGCUUGCCGCCAAGGCGUUUGCAAGUUACGAGGAGCUGAUGGAGCAGACAUUGAAGACGGCCGAGACCAUCGCAGGAUACUCUCGGGUCGCUGUCCAGGGCUGCAAGGAGGUUGUCAACAAGAGCCAAGACCUACCGUUGAGAGAUGGUGUCGAAUACGAGAGGAGAGUGUUUCACAGCUUGUUCGGGAGCCAGGACCAGAAGAUUGGCAUGAAGGCUUUUGCUGAGAAGAAGAAGGCUGAGUGGACUCAUCAAUAG